AUGGACAGUAUUGGUAAAUAUGCCGACGGUGAGAUGGUACGACUCGCCUCGUUGGGUAACGGUCACGCCAAGACUACGUUUCUGAGACGAGAAUACGAGCUAGAGAGACAGCUUGUGGACGUGGGCACCUGGAUUGAGCAUAUGCGCGAUUAUUGGCAUUAUUCAAUCUACGCCAGUGUUAUCUAUGUCGUAGUCAUAUUUACUAUACAACGUUAUAUGAGAGAUCGACCCAAGUUUCAUCUUCGACGACCGUUGGUGGCGUGGAAUUUAGCGCUCGCAAUAUUCAGCAUAAUCGGCGCUGUACGAAGCACCACAAUGCUCUAUCUAAUCGUGAAAGAAGACGGCCUAUAUCGAUCCGUGUGUGACCAUACGUAUUACUUACCGGGUGUCGUGUCGGCGUUUAAGUUCUGGGGUGUUGUGUUUGUGCAUUCUAAGUAUUUCGAAUUGAUUGAUACACUGUUCGUAGUUUUACGAAAACAGAAAUUAAUAUUUUUACAUUGGUAUCAUCACGCCACUGUUUUGAUUUACUGCUGUCUAUGUCAUUGCGAACUUGCCUCAUCCGCCUACUGGUUUUUGACAAUGAAUUUCAUAGUCCACGCAUUUAUGUACCUGUAUUACGCCAUCAGAUCGACUGGUUAUCGUCUGCCGGUGAAUAUUCAGAUCUCUAUAACCAUUAUGCAAAUUAGCCAGAUGAUCUUCGGUUGUGGUGUUCUUAUCUACGCAUGCGUGAUGAAAAUGGCGGGAAUUCGAUGUGACGUCAGCAAUCUCAACCUCACGUGUGGUGGAAUUAUGUACCUAAGUUAUUUUAUGCUAUUCGCACAUUUCUUCUACAAAACGUAUUUCGGCAAAGUUUCGCACUCUCUGGCAAAAUCCUAUAAAACAGAGUAA